GAGUGCUUGCGGGCCCGGCGUCCCGCGGGGAAGAUGAACGGUCCCAGCUCCAGGUCUAGCCACCUGUCGCAGCCAGUAGUGAAGAGUGUGCUGGUGUACCGCAAUGGGGACCCCUUCUUCGCCGGGCGCCGCGUCGUCAUUCACGAGAAGAAGGUGUCCAGCUUCGAUGUCUUUCUCAAGGAAGUGACCGGCGGUGUGCAGGCGCCCUUUGGGGCGGUUAGGAACAUCUACACCCCGAGGACGGGCCACCGCAUCCGGAAGCUGGACCAGAUAGAGAGCGGGGGCAACUAUGUGGCUGGGGGCCAGGAAGCUUUCAAGAAACUCAAUUACUUGGACAUAGGCGAAAUCAAGAAAAGACCAAUGGAAGCUGUUAAUACCGAGGUGAAGCCUGUCAUCCACAGCAGGAUCAAUGUGUCUGCCCGCUUCAGGAAGUCCCUGCAUGAGCCCUGUACCAUUUUCUUGAUUGCAAAUGGAGACCUCAUAAGUCCAGCUUCUCGCCUCCUCAUCCCUAAAAAAGCUUUAAAUCAGUGGGAUCACGUACUACAAAUGGUCACAGAAAAAAUAACCCUUCGAAGUGGGGCUGUCCACAGGCUGUAUACGUUAGAAGGAAAGCUCAUUGAGAGUGGAGCAGACCUGGAGAACGGGCAGUUCUAUGUGGCUGUUGGCAGAGAUAAGUUUAAGAGACUACCAUACAGUGAGUUGCUGUUUGACAAGUCAGCAAUGAGAAGGCCUUAUGGUCAGAAAGCUUCUUCACUCCCUCCCAUGGUUGGAUCCAGGAAGUCUAAAGGGAGCGGAAACUAUCGCCAAUCUAAGUCAACCAUUGGCUCCAGUGAUAACUCAUCUCCUCAGCUUCUGAAGAGGAAAGGGAAGAAAGACUCAAACUCAGAAAAACCCACGAAAGUGAAACAAAGUGUGAAGUCGAAGAAUUCCCACCAAGCAGUCCCAGACAAUGAUGAAGGCAUUUUCAAAGCUGGAGCAGAGAGAUCUGAAACAAGGGGGGCGGCAGAAGUUCAAGAAGAUGAGGACACCCAGGUUGAGGUUCCAGUGGACCAGAGGCCAGCAGAAAUAGUUGAUGAGGAAGAAGAUGGAGAGAAAACAAGCAAAGACGCCAACCAGAAGGAAGACUUUUCAGCAAUGAAUGGUGAGACUGAAGACAGAGCAGGUAGUAAAGGGGCUGAUGCCCCCGAGCAAGAGACUGGAAUCCCAGAGCAUGGGGAGAAGAAGGCAAGCUCCUCCCGGGUAAAUGGUGGCACUGAUGAAGAGAACGGUGAGGAACUGGACCAGAUUACUGAGGAGCUUCAACCAACAGUGGACGAGAAAGGAAAGGCUGAAGGAGACAACAGUGGACAAGAUGAGGCUGGUUCAGAUGCCCAAAGACCCCCAAGACCAGAAGUGACAGUCACCAGCCCUCAAGAGAAUGAAGAGAAUGAACCAAACAAGGCCUCUGCUGUGGCAUAGAUGGUUUAAAACUGAGAAUACUUGGGAUGUG